GCCUGGCCUUCCCGCCCCGGCCGGGCCCGCACUUCCCCAGCCCGCCGGCGCACGCCAGGAGGAGGGCGGCGGCGGUGGCGGGCGGGUCUCGGAGCUUUCGGCCGGCUUUGCAGGGCGGCCUACGAGGGCGCCAGGCCCAGCUGGAGCGAGCCCCAGUGCAAUACUGCCCGAGCCCGGGCGGGGUCUCUGUUCUCUGGCAGAGGAGGUCCCUUGGCAGCGGGAAGCUCCCUCUCUUUCUCUCGCAGCCGCUCCGAGUCUGCGCCCUGCUGCCAGGCUCCCAGAUCGGCGCUCCCCUGUGCUCGCCCGGCGCCCACUCAUUCGCAGCCCAGCCUUCGCCGCCGCCGCCUCCCUGCUCCUCCUCGUCGUCUCCCCAGCCCGCCGCGGCCAUGGCGGACAGCGCCAGCGAGAGCGACACGGACGGGGCGGGGGGCAACAGCGGCAGCUCGGCCGCCAUGCCGUCGUCUUGCUCGUCGACCUCGGGCGCCGGCGGCGGCGGUGGCGGCGGGGGAGGCGGCGGCGGUGGGAAGUCGGGGGGCAUUGUCAUCUCGCCGUUCCGCCUGGAGGAGCUCACCAACCGCCUGGCCUCGCUGCAGCAGGAGAACAAGGUGCUCAAGAUCGAGCUGGAGACCUACAAACUCAAGUGCAAGGCGCUGCAGGAGGAGAACCGCGACCUGCGCAAAGCCAGCGUGACCAUCGUGAGUGUCCCCCAGGGGCGCGCCGCAGCGCCGACCUCCGCCCGCCCCCGGGAGACGCUGCACCCAGACCCGGGCGGCCCCCGGGCUCCCCGAGGCUCCCGAGGACCCGCGGAGAGCACGCUCCCUGCCAAGACCCGCCGUCGCCGGAGG